AUGGAGCUUAUCCUCAUCCAAGCCAACGCUUAUUACGGGUUGUAUUUCAGCCAGCCGCCGGAUCUGGUUCCACGCUACAGCCAUUCCGACAGCUUAGCAGAUGUUUUCGAUGUCGUCAACAAAGCAUUGGACAAGCUUCUAACCAACGACAACCAAUUCGCCCUCAGCAUACUCAACGAAGCUUGCACAAACGCAAACAAAAUGUUCCUGGCACAGCCUCUUCAGAUCAUCGUACAAUUCAGUGCGUGCUUCUCGAGACGGGGAUGGUCUCAGUACGGAGAUCUUCAGUCGGAAGCCAUGAGUCGCCUCACGGAAAUGGCUCAAAAAGCCCUUGGUCCAAAUCACAUCGUGACGACAAUUCUCGACCUCAUGCCCAAGGGACAUAUAUCCCGAUAUCUCAGCUCUCGGCUGUUGCGCCUCACUGCAGACGCUGCGAUCUUAAACUUACAGGGUUCGCCUUCGCAGUUGCUGGAUGCUGCUUUACAUUUGACGUUGCUGUCUUCCGAGAUAUACCGUGACAUUGGCGAGGAAUCGCCUUUGCUGAGACACAAAGUGGUCUCGCCUCAAGGCUGGGAUAGGGUUCAAGAUACCUAUGUGCCAAGGCUCUACAAGCUUGGAUACCUUCGAUCUACACAACAGCAACCUGACGAGGCUUUGAGGUUGCGGAAAGAAGUGAUAGAACUGACUGAGGGGCUUCAGGGGCUACCGCUCUUGAAAACCAGAAUGUGGACAUUCAACUGCAUCGGACAUCUCUACGCCAAAGACAAACUUCUCGAGAAAAGCGCAGAGAACUACAGGUCAGCGUUGCGAUUGAGUCUCUUGCCCUUGCCUAUGAAUGAGGCGGAUCGUCUGAGGCGCUUUGAAUGGUUGACACAAAUUCAGGCCUAUUGCGUUCAGAGCGGAAAGGUGGCAGAGGUGGCAGAAUUGCAGGUGGAGUUUAGCUCUCUUUGGAAGGAUUACAAUAAGCGGAUGGGGAAGGAUGAGGACCAAUGA